AUGAUCAAAUCUGAAGUGCUGAAUGGUUCUGUUUCCACAGGAAAUGGAAAUUCAAAUCAUAAUCUUAGUCCAGCUCAAGUUCAAGAAGCAAAACAAAACCAAUUACGACAACUUCAAUUACAACAACAACAACAACACCAACAACAGUUGAAGCAUAGAGCGGCUCUCCAAAAUCACCAUUUUACCUCCACUACCGAAGAAAUCCUAAGAAAAUAUUCUAAAUACCCAGCCUCAUUGAGUUUGCAUAUAUUCGAGACACAUUAUCGUUUUAAUAAUUCCCAGGAUUCCCAAAUCAUUCCGAAGAAUUCUCCAAUGAUGAAAGAUUUCAUGCAACAUGUGUUGAAAGAAGAAAUCCCAAUUGAAAUGUGUGAGUUGAUCAAAGACUUUGCGAUCAGGCCGUAUGACGGGUGUAUAAUUUUGCAGGUCUACGAUCACAGGAAUAUGGUGAAGACUGCGGCGUUGCCAAAUAGAGCUGCAGUAUCGCCAACCAAAGAUCAAGAAAACAAGCAGCCAACCAUUGUUUUGAAACCUAGAUCAUAUAGAACAUUAUUAAAGCCAACCCCGCUUUCGAUUUAUUAUGAUUUGCUUUACCACACUGAUUCUGCGCUUCAUAGAUUUACGGAUUAUUUGUCCCUCCAGAUGGAAUCAGAAAUCUUGACUGUUACCAACAGGAAGUUAAACUUGGAUGUUCCGUUGAAUCCAUAUAAUUACGAGCAUUUGAAACCUGAAACUGAAUCACAUGUGAAAGAUGGAAUUCAAGAUGAUGAAGAAACUACCGAAUUUGUACACAGACAUGCUGUCCAACACACGCCUCGUAAGAUUCACCAGGACGAAAUGGUCUUGCACAAGUCUUCUGAAUACGAAGAAAUUAUGUUACUUUUGUCUAAUAAGAGCAGACGUCCAGAUGAAUCACAAGAUAAAAAAUUGGUUGUUGUCAAUUCUUCAACUCUACCAACUACGUCCACGCCCACUGCUGCGCAAUCAACUAAACAAAAUGGUUCUGAGCCAACAGCUAAUGCUGAGACUAAAUCAAAGAAGGGUGAAAAGACUACUUCCACUGCUGCUAGUACUGCUGCGCCAACUCCUGCUCCUGCUCCUGCCCCAUCUAUUCCUCAGAAUCCAGUGAGAGCGACAGGGCAAUUUAUGAGAUUGAGGUUGAUUGAAGAGAUUAGAAAAAAGAGAGAAGCAGAGAAAAUUCAACAAGAAGCUAAGAUUCAAGCACAAGCUAAUGCUGUUCAAAACGAUUCAGUUCAACUGACACAACUGGCACCACCAUCAAGUGUUGCUAACUCGCCAUCAUUGCCUGAACAAAGUAAAAGACCUUCGCCUGUCACUCAGAAUCAGCCGCCUCCUAAGAAACCUAAGAAGGAAACCAAGAAGCAGCUUCAGGCCAAAGCUCAGGCUCAAGCUCAGGCUCAGGCUCAAGCUCAAGCUCAAGCACAGGCUCAGACACAGGCACAGGCACAAGCUCAAGCACCAGCUCAACCUCAAACUCAAACUCAGUCUCAUGCCCAAGCUCAGGUACCUACUCUGGCUCAGCCACAAGCACAAGCACUGAAUGAUGUUCCACUACGCACCCCAGUUCAACAGUCUCAACAACAGCAACAACAGUCAUAUCCGAACCAAGGUUUAAUGCAAAACUCGUCACAAUUCAAUGGUCAAGGUAUGCAAGCUGCAAGUGGAGGCUCUCCAUUGAUGAAUAACCAAAUUCCAUUUGCACAAUCUCCUCCAAUGCAGCAACAAUUGAAUGUGGGUACUCCUGGUCCUCUAGCAACUCCUCCGCAACAACAUGCUCAGCAACAGCCCCAGUCUCAAACUCAGCAACAGCAGCAACAACAGCAACAGUCACGACCACAACAAAAUCCUCAAUUGACUCUUCAACAGCAACAGCAGCAGGCCAUCUUCCAAAGCUCAUUAACGCCAGAUGAACAGAGAAUAUAUAAGCAAAUGCAACAGAAAAUGGCAACUUUGGCAAUGAUGGGUCAAUCUGGUGUUACGCCUACUGGUCAACAAUUGACUCCACAACAAAAGCAACAAGCUAUCCAGCAAGCUAAGAAUUUGCAGCAACAGUUAUUUCAAAGGUUCCCGCUUUAUUUCCAGAGAUUGAAGCAAUUACAAUUAAUUCACCACAAACGAAGACUACAACAGCAGCAGCAAGCUCAACAACAAGCACGACAACAAGCUGCUGGAAGUUUAGGUGGGUCUGGUUCUGCAAUGCCAAAUGGAAAUGUGCAACCAAAUACUGGUCAAGGCUCGUCACAAAUUGGUGGUGCUGCUGCUGCAAACAAUGAACCUAAAAAGAAAAGAACUUAUAAGAAAAAGAACAGUGUUUCUAAUGCAAAUAAUAAUGCUAAUGCUAAUGCUAAUGCAAAUGCAAAUGCAAAUGCAAAUACUAAUGCUAGCGCCAAUUGA